GCCCGCUUCCCAAUCCCCCGUUUCCCCUCCCUACACGUUCUCGCUCCAGUUGCCGCCGCCAGCCCCUCGCCCUUUCGCCGGAGCUCCUUCGCCGGCAGUAGAGAUGGUGAAAGGCGUAGUCCGCUAUCAGCCUGGACCGGCAUUUCAGGAGAGUGAAGAGCAGGGCAUGCCUGAAAUACCGCCAUCUGACUCUACAGAAUUUUGGCUAAUACAGUGGCCUCUAAACCAUGUAAAUGCUUCUGAUUUCAAUGGUGAAAAGGUUUCUCUUAAGCUUCAUGACGAUGGAAACUUGGGAAAUUUGGAGAGUUCUUCAGGGAAAUCAUAUGAACUUGUUAGCUUUGCUGCUCAACAGCCAGAUGCUACUGUCUUCAUUCCAUCAGGAUCUGAAAUGAAAGCCGUGGGGAAGAUUUCACGCAGAGUUUGCUUGGUUCGUUACCCUGAACCUGAGGAAUUGGAUAAAGAGAAGCCAAGUUUUGGGAGUCUUACACCUAGCAGUAGGAGAUCUGCAGGUUCUUCUCGGAAGACUAUGUCCCGGUUCAGUGGCGUAUCGAAGAACCGUAGCAGCCAAGGAUCAGCAUUGUCUCUGGGUCAACAGAGCGUGGAGCCGAUGCCCAAACACAAGCAGAAGAGAAGGGACGAAAGCAGCUUGGGGGGCCACUCAAACGUGUCGGCCAAGUCCUCGGAAGGAUCCCAGGCUCGUGUCGCAGGGAGCAACACAACCUCCGAGAUGCCGCAGACACCGGUGGAGAAAUCCAAGAAGAAGAAAGUUAGGAUCCAAGAGUAGUAACAACAAGUGGCAGGCAACGGUUCCAUCAGUCACCCUACCUUGGAGAAGAGAUGCUAAUUUUCCCUGAACGAUCAGCAGCUGCUUCUCCUCUUGUAUGUGUCCAGACAGUUAUUGCUUUUUCCUCGAUCGGUAGUCCUGAGUUGCUGGCCUUGGUGUUGCAGGUAGUUGAUCUCUGCGACCACGAUACAAUCGUGAAAGUUAGUCGUGCUGAAUGAAAGCUGUGGAAGUGUGGAGGCAAA